AUGUGGGAGAAGAAGGAGGAGUUAGGUGCUGGAGAGUUUUGCACCGUGUAUUUAGCUAGUUACAAGUCGUCGUCCGGAAAUUCGAUCGCGGCCGUGAAGACUGCGCGCUUGGAUGAAUCAACGGGUUUGGAGAAAGAAGCCAGAUUGUUGAAGGAAUUGAACGGAAAUCCCUACGUACUUCAAUGUUACGGAGAAGCCAUAAGUUUCGAAGAGGAUUGUGGACACGUUUACAGCCUUUUCCUUGAGUACGCGAAUGGUGGCUCACUCAGCGACUUGAUCGCGAGAUACGAUUACAAGAUGUCGGAAUCCGAUGUGGCUAAGUACACUUUCAUGUUGCUUAAAGGGUUGUCUUACAUCCAUGAAAAGGGUUUGAUUCACUGCGAUAUUAAACCGGAAAACAUCCUAGUUUUCGUUGACGAGGAAGGAUAUAGUUAUUUGAAGCUUGCUGAUUUUGGUGAAAGUAUGAAGGUUGGAGAGAAGAAAACGAGGUUCCGAGGAGAUCCUUCUUAUAGACCACCAGAAUCCAUCAAGGAAGGUAUAGAAGGCCCGUCCGCGGAUAUAUGGUCAUUAGGUUACACGGUUCUGAAGAUGAUGAUGGGUCGAAAACAAAUCUGGAAAGACUAUAAUCACAGCGAGCCUGCUGAGAUACCUAAUCAUGUUUCCGAAACCGGAAAAGAUUUCUUGAUGAGAUGUUGUUUCCAGGUAUUACCAAGUUCAAGAUGGACAGCAGAUCAGCUUAUCAAUCAUCCUUUCAUCCAGGAGAAUAUCAAAGAAGUUAUUCCAAUUUUAGAGUUGAAACAGCGCAACUUCUUCAAGAAAAACAACCACAACCCUUUAGGUUCGUGGAGCGCUACAAAAGGGCAUCUUUCCCCAAACUUAGAGCCAGCAAAUUUGCCUGUUCUGUGCUGUUGA